AUGUAUUUAUUAUCAUCUUCUUUGUACAUCUUGGCCAUUGAAAUCGUGAACGAAUGCCCGCAUUUUCUGCACGUCGGACAUCAAACCAACGGAGAGGACCGUGGUAGCAUUAUUCCAUUGGAAAUCGGCGAGACCUUUCAAUUGCCCAUUGAAACGGGAUGGGCGGGUCGGAUAUGGGCCCGUGAAUCGUGUGAUUUACACAGCUGCGAUACCGCCGGGGCCAGUAAUCCAGCUUCACUGGCCGAAUUCAAGAUGAACGGGGCCCACGACAUGGAUUACUAUGACGUGUCAUUUGUCGAUGGAUACAAUUUGCCUAUUCGCAUCGAACCGGAUAUGCCGGAAGAAGAGGCAGCAUGGGACGACCCGAAAUAUUGUCGGUCUUUACUAUGCAUGAAUCUGCCAGAUUGUCCUGCCGAUUUAAGAUCGUACGAUCUCUCGGGUCGUUUUGUCGCCUGUGAGAGCGCCUGUUCACGGUAUCAAGCCGAUGAAUACUGUUGUACGGGCGAAUACAACAGCCCGGACGUCUGUACCACCAACCAUUUUGCCACAGCCAUCAAAUCUGCGUGUCCUGACACAUACAGCUAUGCAUAUGACGACGAAACAAGUUUAUUCGGUUGUAAAACUAAAACUUAUAAAGUGAUCUUUUGUCCCCACUAA